CUGAAUAACUCCUGAGACGCCACACCCCACACCAUCAGUCCUUUCAGCACUCUACUGGGUGACAGUAAAGCUUCCAGAAUCAUCAGUGAAAGAUGAGUGAAAACUGGAACUCUGACCUCCUCAGCUGCUGUGAUGACAUGAAAUCUUGCUGCUACGGUCUCUGGUGCUGCCCCUGUCUUGCCUGCACCGUGUCAGGACUUUUUGGACAGAACCGCUGUCUUCCACUGUGUGACAUUUGCAGCCCUGCUGUGAUGUCUGCUUUUGGGAUACCUCUGUGUGUCCCCCCUGCAGGAUUAGCCCUGCGAGUCGGGAUUAGGCAGAAAUAUGAAAUUAAGGGUUCUCUUUGUAAGGACAUUGCCACAUCCUGCAUCUGUGUGUGGUGCUCCUGGUGCCAGUUGCAUCGGGAAUUGAAGUAUCGCAACCACACCCCUGCUGUCGUGAACCAGCCUAAAAAAUAAAAACAACUGCAGAGGUUUUAUAACUGCUGCUCCACAAUUUGGUUGACAGUGAUCGUCUUUAGUUUAACCAUGUCAAAAUAGCUAAACAGAGUUUUUUAGCUUUAUUGUGGCUAUAAUAAGCAUAUGAUUUAAAUAAAUAAAACAGUCCUGGGCUUUGAACAUCAGGAUUUGCUCGGCUCAAUUUAUGAUAUGAUCCACUUCGUCCUGUGUUAAAGUCUUGGCAAACUUAUUUUUUUUUUUGAUAAGUAAUUUAAUACUGAGAUGAAAGAUGAAGAAUUUUUUUUUUUACUUUUUAAUGGUGGUAUGUUCAUGUUUCUGUUUAUGAUUUAAAUGAAACUUUUUAAAUAUAUGUAACUGACAUAUUAAUAUAACUAAUGAAUGUUUUUUAAAUGUGUGGUCUUUCAAUGCAUUAAAUGGUAAAUAUCUAUAUUUGAUUUUUAUCUGUCUAUAAUUCUAAUUUCAUUUCUUGGAGUAAUUAUUGCUAUUAAAUAAUUAUCCCUGUCAAACAGCAACAAUCACAAUAACCUGGUUUUAAUUCAGUUCAGUUCACAUUUAUUAAACAUUCCUGUGUAAUUUUAAGAUUCCCAAUUAAAGGUUCAUCUUGUUUUAUA